UCUCCAUCUACCAUCAUGUGCGGCAUCUGUGCUGUUUACGGGCUAGAAACCCCAACAUCGUCGAGGACAAAGGUCCUUGCUCUAUCUAAGAAAUUACGGCACAGAGGACCAGAUUGGUCGGGCUGCUAUGUCGGCAAGGAAGCAAUUUUGGCACACGAGCGUUUGGCAAUCGUCGGUGUCGAUACUGGAGCUCAGCCCCUCCUUAGUGAAGAUGGCAAACAGAUCCUCGCAGUGAACGGUGAAAUUUACAAUCAUAUAUCUCUUAGAAAGAGCUUGGGUCAAGAUGUCAAAUUCAAGACGCAUUCUGACUGUGAAGUCAUUCUGGCACUCUACAAGAAACACGACAAGGAGAUCUGCAACUUGCUAGACGGAAUGUUCUCCUUCGUCCUACUCGACGAAUUAGUCAAUCCUUCUCGUAUCAUCGCAGCUCGUGAUCCUAUUGGUAUCACAACGCUGUAUCAAGGCUGGAACUCGAAGAAACCGGGCCUCACAUACUUCGCAUCUGAGCUGAAAGCUCUCGUAGAUGAUUGCGACGACAUCAUUUCUUUCCCUCCGGGACACGUCUUCGACAGUAGCACCGGAAAAACAGAACGCUAUUACAACCCUUCUUGGUGGAACAGCGAUAUAGGUCCUAUCCCGACCACACCCGUGGAUUUGACGCUUCUACGUGAAACCCUAGAAGCCGCUGUGCGCAAACGCCUGAUGAGUGAAGUGCCUUAUGGUGUCCUUCUUAGUGGUGGGUUAGAUAGCAGCUUGAUUGCUUCUAUCGCCGCUCGAGAGACGGAGAAAGUCGCACAAGCACAAUACGAAGCGCGGAAGCGCAAGUUAGCGGAGGCUCGGAGUGGUCCUCCGACACCCAAGGGCGAGAUAGAUGAAUUCCUGACACUCGCUUCUUGGCCUCAACUUCACUCCUUUUCCAUCGGUCUAGAAAACUCUCCCGACCUCCUUGCCGCCCGAAAAACAGCACACUACCUCGGGACCUUCCACCACGAAUACGUCUUCACCGUCCAAGAAGGACUCGACGCCAUCCCAGAUGUGAUCUAUCAUCUCGAAACAUACGACGUAACGACAGUACGCGCCAGUACGCCGAUGUAUCUUUUGAGUCGGAAGAUCAAAGCUAUGGGAGUGAAGAUGGUACUCAGCGGAGAAGGCAGUGACGAGAUAUUUGGUGGAUAUCUUUAUUUCCAUGCGGCUCCGGAUAGGGAGGCGUUCCACCAGGAAUGUGUAAAGCGUGUCAAGAAUUUGCAUACUUCGGAUUGUCUGAGAGCGAAUAAGUCCACUAUGGCUUGGGGCCUCGAAGCUCGUGUUCCGUUCCUUGACAAGGCCUUCCUGGAUGUAGCUAUGAACAUCGACCCUGCAGAAAAGAUGUUCAGCAAAGGCGGCGCACAAGAGGUAGAUGCGGAUGGUUGCCCAAAGAUGGAGAAGUAUAUUCUUCGCAAAGCAUUUGAUUGUGCACCAGAUGGCAAGCCUUACCUUCCUCGAUCGAUCCUUUGGAGACAAAAGGAACAAUUCUCUGACGGGGUUGGGUAUUCCUGGAUAGACGGCAUGAAAGCACACGCAGAAGCCACCGUCUCCGACACCGACUUCGCUCAACGCGCCUCUCGCUGGCCAGUAGACACGCCCGAUACGAAAGAAGGCUACUUCAUUCGCGAGAUUUUCGAAAGCCACUUCCCGACAGAAGCAGCAGCAAAGACCGCAGUCCGCUGGAUCCCGCGCGGCGACUGGGGCUGCUCGUCCGAUCCCAGUGGACGUUCCGUUGCCAUUCAUAACGCAGCUUAUUCCGUCGCUGACUCAGAUUAGAUAGAUACUGAGAUAGAGCUCCUCAGUCCCUAACUACCUUCCACUCCCAAAGUUCUUUGUUAUGUUCAGACCUUUCUUCCCCUGAUCACCCACGUUUGCGAGUUUGGAUAUUGAGAUUUUGUUUCUCAUGUAGAGUCAAAUAGUAGAGGAGAGGAGGUAUAUAUUAUUCAUUUCCGGCGAGAGUACAC